AUGCCUUACGAUUUGAAUUUUCAAUCUCAAGAAUUUGUUGUUCAUCAACCUCAGUACACUGCUCUGUCCUCUCACUCUCAUCCACAUCAGCAGGGGAGUAUCUCCAGGAGCAUGAACCACCAUCCAAACCAGAUUUAUCCACAGAGCCACGGGGGGUCUCAUCACUCCCAAAGGCCCGGGACAUAUUUACCACAGCAGCAGGGCCAGGAUCAUACACACCCGCAUGUACACCAUGUCCAGAGUGAUCUCUACGAUGGCGCACUGAAUGCUCCUUCUGAUGACCAGAUCAUUGCACAGCUGACAAGACAGGCACAGCUGCUUCAGCACUCGCAAUAUGACCAUGGCGGAGGGUUACAAGGUUCUGAGAUCACGCUGGAGAACCUGCUGGAGGAUGACCCGCUCUCUUCAUAUACCGACAACGCCCUACAAAGGCAAAUGUCCAAUGAGACGAUACUUGAGGUGUCGUCGCCAAUUUCAAAUGUAUCCGAUGACUUUGUUGCUGGGAAUGGGAAUGUUGAUGGACUUGGAAUACAUGCUAAUGCAAGCACAGCAAGUGUCGUUCAGCAAUGCCAACCUAAUCAAGUUCCACUUUUGCCGCAACACCAACACCAGCAUGAUAUGAUACAACCACCAUCAGUGUUCUAUGGUCAUGGAAACCAUUCUGCACCAACUAUCUCACAGCACACUCAGGCCGGUCCUGUUCCAUACACGUUCCAUAUAAAACGCAGUGAAGGUAGUGACUAUGUGACUGCUCAUCCACCGAAUGAAGUUGUUCAAGGACCAAGUCCUCAACAGGCUCAAGUAUCAACACAGUUCCAUAUGCAUAUGCAAAACCAAGUUAUGAAACAACAACAGCUAAGAAAUCAGCAGGCUCCGCUGCCUGCCCAUUUACAAGGGCAUCCUAUUCAACCACAGGUCCAACCACAGGUCCAACAACGGGUGACAACUACAGUGACUCCACAACGUCCUGUUCAUCACAUUGUUGUAAAUAGUGCGAUACCUGUGCAGAAUGUACCGCCUUUAGUGUCACCUGUUGACCUAUCCAUGCAGACAAUGAAUCAAUAUCAAGGUAUGCCUUCGUACGUGGAUGUGCCAAACUCUCAGAUCCCAAUACGAACACCGGCUCAAGUUGUGAUGCCUCACAAUAACCGUGCUCUAUCACAACCAUCGUCCCAAAACACUUCACCACAGAAUUUUGUCCAUCCAUCUGAACCGUUUUCUAAUUCACCUAUAGAGACACCUUCAAAACCUUCAAUGAUAAAGUCUAACUCUACCACUCGACUACCAAGGGCAAAGAAGAACUCGGUGUCCAAUGGCUCAAAAUGUCCAGGUGUCUUGACAAAGUCAAAGAGCUUUAUCAAUGGAACCAUUGGUGGUGGCGUAACAAAGAAGACAUCAGCCAGUUACCAGACUUUGGAAUUUAGCAAAAACGUUACUGUGCAGGUUGCAGAGAAUCCAAAGCUGGUGACACCUUUGAAGGGUGGCUCCCAUAAGAACUACGAGUUUGUGUUCGAGUCCGGCCAGACAAAGAGACGCCAAUCAGGUGGCUCCACUCCCUCGUCAGCUAAGUCUUCAAAUGUCACAGUCAAAGUGGCUGAUGGAUCGGCUAACUCCAGUUAUUCGCUCUCUCCCCCAACGUCGGAAGGAGAGCAAAGCCCAUUGACGUUCACAAGUAAACAUCUACAACAGCAGAGUCCCGCAGUGUCCACUGUUAUGGGUAGAUUUGUGAAUACUCCACAGCCUGACCACAGUUUCUAUAACAACCAGAGGAAGACUAGUGGUGCAUCGACAACAAUUGGAAUAUCUCCAGUGGGAGAAUCGCCACAGACAAUACUAAUGAACUCAGGAAUGAUGGAGUUAAACAUGAAAAAUGGCUUUAUUCAAUGA